AACGUCAUCACGUAACGAGGGUGGAUUAUAGGCUGUUGUGUACCAAUCACGUGUUGUCCUUUUCCGGUCUACCUAACAUGGCUAACUCGGUUCGUUUUGCACUGUUAGCAACUUAAGAAAAGCUGUCAAGUUUUCUCAAAUUCAGCGGAGGUGUCAUAUUACCCAUCAUUUUAUUCAAUGUAUUUGUUUAUUUGACCGUCUGCCUUUCUACUUCUGCGGGACGUUAGGGUUUCAUACUUGAUCUGGGUUCAUCUCCUGACUGUUUUGGAGGGGGCUCCAACGAUAACGGGCCCAAAUUGUAGCAAGAGGUCCCUCUUCUUGUAUACUGAGUCCUCUGGAGACUUCUGGGUUGUGAACCCAAGAUGUCAUCCAUCUUGCCCUUUACUCCUCCUGUAGUGAAGAGGCUUUUGGGCUGGAAGAAGUCAACCAACGGACCAGGUGGCGCGGGUGGGGGUGAACAGAAUGGCCAAGAAGAGAAAUGGUGCGAGAAGGCUGUGAAGAGUUUAGUGAAGAAGCUCAAGAAGACAGGGCAGCUAGAUGAACUGGAGAAAGCUAUUACCACGCAGAACUGCAACACCAAGUGUGUCACCAUCCCCAGCAAUUGCUCAGAAAUAUGGGGACUAAGUACACCAAAUACGAUAGAACAGUGGGAUACAUCAGGCCUUUACAGCUAUUCUGACCAAACAAGAUCCCUUGAUGGGCGCUUGCAGGUCUCCCACAGGAAAGGGCUUCCCCAUGUUAUCUAUUGCCGUUUGUGGCGUUGGCCAGACCUUCACAGCCACCAUGAAUUGCGUGCUAUCGAGGCCUGUGAGUAUGCCUUUCACCCCAAGAAGGAUGAGGUCUGCAUCAACCCAUACCAUUAUCAAAGGGUAGAGACCCCAGUUCUGCCUCCAGUUCUUGUGCCAAGACAUUCUGAAAUUCUGACAGAGUUGCCGCCUCUGGAUGACUACACACAUUCCAUACCUGAGAACACAAACUUUCCUGCGGGAAUUGAUCCUCCAAAUAACUAUAUACCAGAAACACCUCCACCUGGCUACAUCAGUGAGGAUGGGGAGGCCAGUGAUCAACAGAUGAAUCAAAGCAUGGAUACAGGUUCUCCAGCAGAGAUGUCUCCAAGCACUCUGUCACCUGUCAAUCACAGUAUGGACCUACAACCAGUGACUUACUCAGAACCAGCCUUUUGGUGCUCAAUAGCCUACUACGAGCUCAACCAACGUGUAGGAGAGACGUUCCACGCCUCACAGCCCUCGUUGACUGUGGAUGGGUUUACAGACCCCUCAAACUCUGAGCGAUUCUGCUUGGGCCUGCUGUCAAAUGUCAACAGGAAUGCCACAGUGGAAAUGACGCGAAGGCAUAUAGGAAGAGGAGUUAGACUCUACUACAUUGGUGGGGAAGUGUUUGCUGAGUGCCUGAGUGAUAGCGCCAUCUUUGUCCAGAGUCCAAAUUGCAAUCAGCGGUAUGGAUGGCAUCCAGCUACAGUGUGUAAAAUUCCACCAGGUUGUAAUUUAAAAAUCUUUAACAAUCAGGAAUUUGCAGCUCUCCUGGCCCAGUCCGUUAACCAGGGAUUUGAAGCGGUGUACCAACUCACUAGGAUGUGCACUAUCCGCAUGAGCUUUGUCAAAGGCUGGGGAGCAGAAUACAGGAGGCAGACUGUCACAAGCACUCCAUGCUGGAUUGAGUUGCAUUUGAAUGGUCCUCUUCAGUGGCUAGACAAGGUGUUGACUCAGAUGGGUUCCCCUUCUGCUCGCUGUUCCAGUAUGUCCUAAACAACAAUGGAAUCCCACACUCUCCAAAAAGAAAAUGUUAAAGAUCAGUUCCAAAAUUUAAGUCCAUUCAUGGAAAUCCAAGCAGAAUGACGUUUGUCCAUUUAAUAGUAUUUGUUACACUGCGCCACAGACCUCAAAAUGUGUACACGCACCUCUACAGAUGGACAGCCUUCAGGAAAGAAUUUGGCACUUUGUUAGUCAUCUUUCUCAUGCACCUUGUUAAAUUGCUUUUCCCCAAAUCAUGUAUUAGAACUACUUGUGGUAAAAAAAAAAAUUAAAUGUAAAGUGUUUUUGUCCAGGAAGUAGAAAAUGCCAAAAACGUCAGAAUUCUUCUCAGUUGAUGAUGGCUUGUGUGCUAAAUGUUUUGCUCUGGACCUCGCCUCAAUUGGUGGUCUGAGCAUGUUUUCAUUUCUUGAAGAAAUAUUGCCCAUGUUUUGUGAGGGUUCAGGUGGCUGAGUGAAGGUGGCAGUGGAAUGGAACUUUUAUAAAAUUUUAAUGAAAUCAACCUCACUGUACCCAAGACUUGAACCCCCCCCCCCUCUUUUUUUGUUUUUUGUUUUUAAACUUGUGUCGUUAUAAGACACCACUUAACUGACAAAUACGAAUGUUGGUUUGAAAAUCCAAAAACCCUAAACAAACUGAAAGAUCAGUAUGUUUAUUUUUUUUUUUGUCAUUAUAUGGCAGUAUUUGUCCAUGGUGAAGUCCACUUGCAUUCAACAUAGAGCCUGGUUUACAAACUAUGCUUUCAGGUGUGCACUUGGCAGGGACCAGAAAGUAUAUCAGCUAUUAGCGAAAGCUUCUUUUUGUCUUUAUGACAUAACACUCUCUGAGGAGAGGCAUUUAAUAGUCUCAUCAAGAUUAUUUGAAGGUAUCAAUGAGUAUUGAUCAUUGGUUUUAGCCUAUAUCCCAAUUUUUUUGCUACUUUUUUCUAUUAUCAUGUAUUUUUAUAUAUAAAUCUACUUAAAAUGUUCUGUCAUUUACACUUUCUAUUAAAGUAAUAUUUUCAACAACACAGCUGUCUGUAAAACUGACCUGGAGGGCCGGGCUCAUUCCUUUCAUUUGGCCUAAAAGGUUCAGCUGGAAUAACCAUUUGCAGCUCUGUCUUGUGGCGGGGGGAGAGACUGUAUUCGCAACUUGGCAUUGGCUGAUUUAGUGCUUCACAAAGACCAUGAUAAUAGCAUUUUGUGCUUUGUCAAGAUUCAGCUGGCUAGCAUUGACUUUCAGAAUGUUCUCAGAAAGUUGGGAGGUCACAUUCUUUUUGAAAAGUGCUCAUGUGCCCCCUUAAUGGGACAUUUGGUGUUAAGUGUAUUGUAUUUGUUCUGUCUAUAAAAUAGUAAUACAACACUUAUUUGCGCUUCCCUUAUUGUCACUAUGUUGCGAGUGCAAAUUUAACAUGCUCCCCACCCUUGAUGUAAAUGUAAUCACUUUGAGGCACUAGUGAUUGUACUAUAAGUGUACCUACCUAGUGACUUUUUGGCUCGGAAGUGAAGUGAACCAUGUGUUAGGAGGGUCCAGUGUUACAUUUUAUCUUUUGCCAACAAAAUAUGAAUGUGAAAACAGACCUUACAAAAACUGAUGUGGACCAUACAUACAAACAAUAGUACAGUAUUUGUAUUUCACAAUUUUUUGCAAAGCAGUCAAUACAGUAGAUGUUGCAAUUUUA